CCUGUCUUUCCUGCCUGGUAGCCCUAGGCGGUUGGAAAACAAUGUCGACUCAGCGCGGCAAGUACGUCACCUUUCUGCGCUGGGCGUACGUCUACGGCUGGGAACUGUUUGGCCUGCUCUUCGCUGAAAGUUCGCCGAGACACUAUGUGCACGCAACGCAGAAGCUGCUGAUUGCUGCAUGGCUAGUGACUGUUGUCGUGCUGGCGAACUCGUUCGGAAGUCUCCUAAAGUCUAAACAAGCCGUGUUCAACUUCAAACCAGAAGUCGACAGUGUCGAUGACCUUGCAGCAAGACCAUAUCUUACGCCUAUCAUACCAAAAGGAAGUUACUACGAGGCAUUUUCAGAGCACAGUCGUUCGCAGGCUGUGAAGCAGGUGUGGGAGCGGUCACGAAGCCGACGAGCCAUGUAUCCAGUUGCGGAGAUGUUCUCAGACGCAGCCUUGGAACAGGUGGCUGCGCGCCGCGCUGUGAUUCUCUGCGACCACGGCUCGAUACUGCUUCAGAUGACCGGCUUCUGUGAACGCCAGAACGUGCGUACCUUCGUCGUGGCCAGCCAGCCGAUCGAGCAGUCGCCGUUCGGCUAUCUCUUCUCUCGGAGCCUCGAUGAGCGCUUCUUCCGGAAACUCUUUGACAAGUUCCGUCGGAUCCAGGAGACCGGUCUAAUGGCCAAAUGGCUGGCCGAUGGCAAGGGAAACUGGCAGCGCUGCAUCCAGUCGGGGGAUAUUACUGUGGACAGCAUUAGCGUGGAGGACACCGUGCCAUUUUUCCUCCUUUGGGGCAUCAUGUGCGCCAUGGCCUUCUGCGCUUUGCUCUGCGAGCUGAUAUGCUACAGGUUGCUGCGGGCCCGCCCUGCCAACAGACGCUAAUAUAGCCUAAGACGCUUUACUUUUGGGCCAGAACAAAUACUCUCACAUUCCUGUAAACCACAUUGCGCACUGCAGCGUUUCAACGCGCACUUGCGGCAGCGCCUGACGCCAGCAUGAACACUUGCCUGUGUGCGACAAAAACUAUAGGCAUUACAAAAAAUUCACAGGCCUACGCGGCACACGGAGCAUCCUCACACAGUAAGCUGAAAGAGCGGUUUCAUAGGAGACUAUCGUAAGCUCAUCCCGACGCGGCGAAUCUCCUGGGUCUCAUUUUCUGCUGCAUGCACGUAAGGGUGUUCGGCGAAGCUGCCGUGUCUGAUUUUCGGCUGCACGCACGUGAAGUUACUUGCGGGUCUUCGUGGUGGAGCUGCCGGGCCGCAUUUUCGGCAGCACGCACUUGAGGGUCUUGGCGGCGAAGUUGUCGGGCCGCAUUUUCGACAGCACACACAAGACGGUCUUUGCAGCGAAGUCUAUCUGCGUCGUUUUGAUGAGAACGAGCGGAAGUGUCCGCGCGGCGUCGACGGGGAGCUGCGGUUGGGCUGCUUUCUGCAAAGCGCUCUGCUGAGCCCGGCGUUGCCUUGUUGCAGUCGCGCACCUAGCCCUACGAUUCGCUUCUUCAGCAGAGGUUCGUACGUUGCGAGGAGGCGCAAUAACGUGCACCUAAGAGCAAAGGCCGGCAAAUGCCUUCUUUUUUUUUUUUGCUUUACUACCUCACUCUCUCGAUGCGAGUGCCGUCCUUUACCCUGACGUUGAAAAAUUGUGCCGCCUUCCUACGGUUGUCCUCACCUAAUAAAAAAACAAA